AUGCAGUAGCAGUCGAUAAAGCACAUAUAAAAUAGGUACUUGAAGACAAGGGAAAAGGAAACUGAGUCUCUCACAGAUGAGCUGCCAAAAGAGGUUUGUAUUGAGUUAGAAGACGACGGGUUAUUUGAAAGUGAUGAUGAUGAUUAUGACACAAGGAAUACCUAGCCCACAAACAGAAGUAAUACUUUACUAAUUAAUUUUCUAGGUUAAAAUAGGAAGCUAACGAAUGAAAAGUAAUUGAAGUUUGGUAGUUGUAAAGGGUUUUCAAGUGAAAGGAAAAAUGUAAUUCUAAAAAAGGUCAGCUAAGAUCAACUUAAGUAUCUCAAAUAAGUCAUACUAUCUAAACAAAGUGACUAUUCUCAUACUAAAAAUAACUAUGCUGAGUCAAGCUUCUAGGGUUCCAGCGUGAAUCUGCUUAAUCAUAACAAAAAAUCAUUAGGAUUUUCAGGACAAUACGAAUAUUCAAAGUCUUAAGAGAAUACAAUGUCAUUCAGGCCAAAAACUGCCUCUGAGUAAAAUGAAUUUAUUUUCGGAGAAGUCAGAUAACCUUUAUUCAGCAAAAAUCACUUCCUAAAAGAAAACUAAAACAAAUUAAAUUAAAACCAGCAGUAGUAUUCAAGUCUAAGGCCUAUUUCUGCUUAUAUAGGCAUAUAGUCUUAAAUGUCAAAUAUUAACUCUAGUGAUUAUGAUUAUCAAAUCCCAAUGCGAUCUUUUGACAAUAGCAAACCUGAAGAGGGCUAAUCAGAUACUGUUUCUAAAAGAUAAAUCAUGAAGUAUAAUAGUCUGCUUGAAAAGUAGAAUAGAAUAGAACAGUUCGACAGAGAUUAAGAUAUACUGGCUAAUGGCUAAGUCAUUGUAAAAACAUAGAGUUUAACCUAGCGCGAGACACCAAAUUUAGCAGUAUUAAAAUCUAAUGCUCCGUUAUCCAGCAUUAUAAUAAGCCAGUAAAAUAUCUAAACUCGAAGAGCGAUAAAAGAUAUCAAUCUAUCUUAAAACUCCACUCAUAAAAUCUAAAGUCUAAUAUCAGCAACUGAUAAUACGAAGCUUAAAAAGUAAGAAAUCAUUUAACUAUCUCAGAAAGAGUAUAAUGAAUAUAUGAAGAGUAGAUAACCUAUUAAUACUACCGGGAAUAUCUCUGAUUAAUAAAAUAACUCAAAUAAUGUUGGCCAGAAUAUGCUGACUGGAAUACCGAUAUUUUAAAAGGACGAAAGGGAAACCAAGAUAAUACCAAUUAAUAAGCAUAAGAAAUAAGUAUCUCAUGAUAACUAUUUUAGUUUGAAUAGUACUAGCACCACAUCUUUCAUACUGAGACCUGAUUUAUUAGGUCAUCGUACCAAGAGGGAAAAUGAAUUUAUUGUUAAAAGUUACUUUACCAAAAGAGAAUUUGGAGCUAAUAGAGAGUAAAGAACAGGUUCAUAUGGAGCAUCAUAUACAAAUAUUGGAGAUCAAGUGGAUUCACUUGGGAAAUCUUAGAAAUUCAAGAUGAUUUUAAAGAAGGGUGAAAGUAGUAAGAAUUAGAGUUAAGACCAAGGCAAGAAAAAGCGAAUCAUAUGGGAUUUAUAUACUACUGUCCAUACUUAUGAUAAUUUUUGA